CAGGCCCUCGGAGGCCUCAAGAACAAGGACGGGUUGGUCUGCUUCCCAGUACCGACAGUGGAAGGCCUUUCCAUGCAAUUGCACGUUGGACCAGACAAAUCACCCUGCCAGAUCCGCACCAAGAUCCAGGGCAAGCGCUUCCUGGCAAGCCCCCGCGAGACGCUCCCCGAGGGCAAGUUCUUCGACCGCGGCAGCGGCCGGGUGCGCAACCUUAGUGGAACUUCUGACGAACUCCUGCACAUGCAGCGCGAGGUGAAUCUGGGGCCGCUGCGCCGACAACGUCCAGGGAAAGCAUCGUCUCCGCGACGUGGAACGCUCGUGCGCUACUUCGCUGGAAGGGGCGGCAUGGCAUUGGAGAAGGCGGACUACCUACGGCGGCGCGACCUUCCUCGCACCUUCGCCGCGACCCAGGAGGCCCACCAGAGCGAGCAGCAGGUGGAGGUGUCCACGAGGGGCAUUGCGCCACGCUCUUGGGUCUUCUGCUCCUUCUACGACCGCGCGGACGGGCGCCGGAAGGGCGGCGCGGCCGACGUCGCGCCACUCCCAGGCGCGGCCGUCAGGGCAGCGAAGACAUUUGUGCAUGCCAGAGGGCGCUCGCUGAAGGUCAUCGCCAAGACAGCGGACACUGAGCUCCGCCAGCGCAAUAUCCACAGCCAUGAUAUCUCCCAGCGCCAGAUCCAGGCCAUCAUGAAGGCUCCGACAACCGACGUGGCUUGGGCGCAAGCCGCUCCGAGCAGGAGAUUAUUCAUCAUUGCGGGCGACAUGAAUUUCGCAGCCUUCGCCCGCCUGGAUCUGCGCCAACCGACCCGCCAGCUCCCGCGCCGACAACACAGCAGCAGCAAGUGCCACAUCGUCCGUUGGUAUCAG